AUGGGGAACGGGGGGAAAUGGCAGUGGGCGUGCCAGACGGAAGGCUUUUAUAUUCCCCGACGAUUCCGCUCCCUAGCCACGUCUGACUACACGUCACCGACACCUCCUCUUCCUUGCCACGUUGCUGGCCACGUCGCAAACCUGGAGCGAAACGAGUCUCGUGUUUGGUUGUUUGAGUCGCCGCCUCGGAGGACCUCCGCGCUGCCGCCUGCACGGCUCGACGCCGCCUCCUUCCCGCGCCGCCGCCGCGCUGCUCCGGCCGCCGCCUCGGAGGGCACGCGACCGCCGCCGCGCCUCUCCUUCCCGCGCCGCCGCGCGCUCCUUCCCGCGCCGCGCCUCUCCUUCCGCGCCGCCGCCGCGUCGCUCCUUCCCGCGCCGCGCCGCUCCUUCCCAAGCCGCCGCGCCUCUCCUUCCCGCGCCGCCGCGCCGCUCCUUCCCAAGCCGCCGCCGCUCCGCUCCUUCCGCGCCGCCGCGCCGCUCCUUCCCGCGCCGCGCCUCUCCUUCCCGCGCCGCCGCGCCGCUCCUUCCCAAGCCGCCUCCGCUCCUUCCCGCGCCGCGCCUCUCCUUCCCGCGCCGCCGCCGCGCCGCUCCUUCCCAAGCCGCCCCCGCGCCGCUCCUUCCCGCGCCGCCGCCGCGCUGCUCGGCCGCCGCCCUCGCACUGCUCCGGCCGCCGCCUCGGAGGACCUCCGCGCUGGGACGACUCGCGUCGGGUCGAGGACUCGAGCGAACGGAGCGAGUCCACUCGCGGGCCGCGUGAUUCCACCGAUUUUGCUGAUUCGCCCCAUACAGCAUAUUUUGGGAUGUGGAGAUGACACUUGUGGAAUGGUGGAGGGCGACUUUGCGGAAUGGUGGUCGCUGGUGGUGCGGACCGCCCCUCGCCAGUUGCGCAAGGGCCCUUCGUCGUAA